UCUCAUCACCAACAGCUCACAUUGAUUUCUUCCUUCUCCACUACCUCCACCUAGCCAUCUUCCCCACCCCACCAGGCUGCCGCCACCACCACCUCUCUCUCCCUUCCCCUUUCUUUUUCUCCUCCCUUUCUGAUGCUUUGACGCCACCGCUCGCAGCUUUGGCCGUCUCUGUCUGUCUCCCGUCAUCUCCUCCUCCUCCGCCACUAAUUAAAGCAGAGGCAGGAGUUGUGGGAGAGAACUGAAGAAGAGAACAGACUAGAAGCGGAGGCGAGGGGAAGGAGGGAGCGGGGCGAGAUGUUUGACAGCUUGCUCAACUCCAAGUUCUACAACAAAUGCAAGCAUGCAGUCAAGUGCACCCGGACUCGGCUGGAUCUGCUCCGGCGGAAGAAGCAAGCCAUGGUGAAGUUCCUCAAGAAGGACGUUGCUGACCUCCUCUUCAACGGCCUUGAAUCGCACGCCUUCGCACGGAUGGAAGGGCUGAUUGUUGAGAUGAAUCAAGCAUCUUGCUAUGAUAUGAUAGAGCAGUACUGUGAAUAUAUUGUGAAGCAGCUCAACAACCUGCAGAAAGAGAGUGAAUGCCCUCAGGAAGCCUUGGAAGCUGUGUCUACUCUGAUAUUUUCUGCUGCUAGAUUUCCUGAUUUGCCUGAACUGUGUGACCUCAGACAUAUAUUCACGGAGAGAUAUGGGAGUUCGGUUGAGCCUUUUGUUAAUUCUGAGUUUGUCCAGAAGCUUCAGAAUAAAUCAUUUACUAAUGAAGAGAAGUUGCAAGUGAUGAAAUCCAUUGCUGAAGAAUUCUCCGUUCCAUUUGAUAGCAAGGCACUGGAAUGGAAGAUAACUUGUGGACCUCAAAAUAAGCAUGAUCUUCCGAAGAAGAGUUCAGUUAAACGGGAGGUAGAAGCAUCAGCACGAAAUGGACACAAGGUUGAUAGGCAUGCUGUGAAUGAAAGAAAAUCUAACCCUGUGGCUGAAAACUAUGGACAGAAGCAGGAAAUGAAGACAAAGCCCAAAGAUAUCCAUGUCAUUCCUGAUGGAAUUGGUCAGUUAGGUGAGAAAAGCAGGAAGAACUACUCAGAUAAACCUAGUGAAAAAAGGCACAUGGAUAAUUCUUUGCCUCCUUUGGACGUGAAAGAAAGGAAUGGCCAGAAAGAAAUGAAGAAAUAUGAGAAAAAGGAUGAUCACCUUCGAAGGGAACUAAGGAAUGCAGAGGAGUUGGACCUCAAUGGCUUAAAGAAACAGGAUGGUGGUUUAGUGAAACCUCCCAGUGGCACUGAGCAUAGUUGGGGACAUGCUGACUUAGGGCUUAAAACUCUGGGCCUAGAAAAACAUGAAAUUGAUUCAAGUUGCACCUUGAAUGGUAAAACAGUGAAUAAGGCUCCUCCUUAUUCUAAGCCCUACAGAGCAACAGGUGAGAUGUCCGCUGAAGGAAAUUCUAACAGUUUGUAUGAUAGACGAAAGCAUGAAGGAGAGUUUGGACAGUCGAUGCGAGAUAGGCAGCAUGUGCCAGAGAAGGCAGCCAGUAUGCGGCCUCCUUAUGUUAAGCCAAAAUUUGAAAAGCAUACUGGUGCUGAAGAAAUAGGCCACCCGAAGGGUGAACCGGUUUAUGAUCCUGUUUCCGUCAGAAGCAGGCAUGCAAAACCACCUGCACAUGCUGAUGAUUAUGCCAGAAUGGCUUAUGAGGAAAAGAUGGCAGACCAAGCACCUGAUGGCCGAAGAAGACAUUCAAGCAGGAGGAAUGGUGCCUAUGACGAUUAUGACCAGAAAGUUGGUCAUGUGCUACCCCUAGAAGUCAUGGGGGGCAAUGAUGAUAUCAACAAUGCGAGACCUUUUCACCGAAUCCCUAGUGAGCGAAGAAAGCACAGAAGCAGGCGUCAUGGAUCAACAAGUGGCAGCGACUACAAUGGGGCCAUUGAUGACCACGAGUCAGAUGAGGACGAGGCGAACACCGCAAUUGAUUUUGGCAAUCUUCUGCCCCGAGCCCCUAGUUCACACAGGAAGCACAGGAGUCGGAGUGCUGAUCCCCGCAAGGGAGGCCGUGACGAUGAAGAAAGGAUGAUGGAUAAGCUCCUCAUGCAUUACAGCAAGAAAGGUCUAGACAGGGAGGAGCGCAAAGAAAGAGUAAAAUCUCGUAUCCCCCGGCCUCGAGCUGACCGACCUGCUGAUGGUGCUGCAGAACUAUCUAACAAAGAAGGGGUGUCUGCAAACCGCCCUGAAAGAGCUCUAUCUCUACCUUCAGAAUCUGCAAGCCCAAAGGCGAAGCCAAAGGCCCCUGUUCGGUCCAUGUCCAUGCAGCCAGAAAUUUCUAGAGGGAAUGUGCACCCACCGGAUUUCGACGAACUGGCUGCACGGAUCAGCGCGCUGAGGAACACCUGAGCUGCCACGAUACUGUCUUCAGCAUGGCCUCUAUUCGCUCAGGAACUUAUAUCAUAGCAUCUGAGAGCUGAUGGUGCCUGGGGUCACUGGAUUGAGAAGAGGACAUUUGAAAUGUGGUUGCCUCCUAUUUUUUGCAACAUUUUCUCAUGGUAGUAUACUUGUUUGUGUUGCUCUGAGUGUAAUCUUGGUAGAGCAUUGGCAGGAAAGUUAAAAAUGGCAAUUCAUAGGAUACCAUACCUUACUACAUUGAUUUGGAUGUGGUUGUUUGUUGUACUCAUAGAACAAUUGUUGUCGCUGUACAGAUGCCAUUGAUGAGGCUAUAGUGAUAAAGUGAUUUUCUACAUCA